AUGCGUUUCACUGCCGCUCUCAUCGCCUUAGUCGCCGCCCUGGCUCCACUGACCAGCGCUGUUGGCAACGCCGCCGUUGUGAACCACUGCGACUUCCCUGUCUACCUAUGGUCUGUUGGUGGCUCCGUUGGCCCCAAGGUCACCAUCGCACCCAAGGGUAUGUACAAGGAGCCACUGCACCAUGAUCCCGCCUCCGGUGGCAUCGCGUUGAAGGUGACCACCCACGCGAAUGGCCUCUAUGACGGCAGUGCACAAACCAACUUUGCCUAUACGCUCGACGGCAACACCGUGUGGUACGACAUGUCCGACGUCUUUGGCGAUGCAUUCUCCGGCCACACAUUGAAUGUUCUACCCUCCGACCCUACCUGCCGCCGCAUCUGCUGGAGUAGUGGUGUCGCUCCAAGUGGUAGCCAGGUCAAGGAUUGCCAGGCCAACUCGGAUAUCACUCUGAACCUGUGCGCCGCCGCCAAGUGCUAA